AAGAAGGAAGAGAAAGGUGUGUGUGUAUAUGUGUGUGUGUAUCAGUGUGUGUGUGCGCAGUCAUGGAUCUUCGCUCGGAGCUGCUCAAGUCCAUCUGGUUCGCAUUUACCGCGCUGGACGUGGAGAAGAGUGGCAAAGUGUCCAAGUCCCAGCUGAAGGUUCUGUCCCAUAAUCUGUGUACAGUUUUGUGUAUCCCUCACGACCCGGCCGCUCUGGAGGAACAUUUCCGCGACGACGACGACGGACCCGUUUCCAGUCAGGGCUACAUGCCUUACCUCAACAAGUACAUCCUGGAUAAGGUGGAGGAGGGCAGGUUCGUGAAGGAGAACGUGGACGAGCUCUGCUGGACUCUCACGGCGAAGAAGAACUACAGACCGUCGGGGGACAGUGUCCUCCCUCAGAGGGACGCCUUCCGCCUCUGGUGUCUCUUCAUCUUCCUGUCGGAGGACAAGUAUCCGCUGGUGAUGAUUCCUGAUGAGGCGGAGUACCUGCUGAAGAAGCUGUGCAUGGCCAUGAGCGUGGAGCUGAACUGCGUGGAGCUGGAGGACUUCGUCUCUCAGGACUCGGUCCAGCAGAACGGCUUCAGCGUCUGGGCCUUCCUGGACAUGAUGAACUCCGGCAAGCUCACGCGCGGCAUCGCCAAGGAGACCAUCAGCAUGGCCAUCGAGGAGGUGUACCGGGAGAUCGUGGGGGACGUGCUGAAGGAGGGCUACCUGUGGAAGAAGGGUCAGUUGAGGAGGAACUGGACGGAGCGAUGGUUCACGCUGAAGCCAAACUCGUUUGAUUACUACACCAGUGAGGACCGCAAGGAGCGCAAGGGCAACAUCGCAUUAGAUACCAACUGCUGCGUCGAGGUAUUACCGGACAGGGAUGGGAAGAGGUGUAUGUUCUGUCUAAAAACUCUCUCCAAGACGUUUGAGCUCAGCGCCUCGGACACCAAACAGCGGCAGGAGUGGACGACAGCCAUCCAGACGGCCAUCAGGCUGCACACGGAGGGGAAGCAGUCGCUGCACAAGGAGCUGAAGCUGAAGCGGCGGGAGCAGCGUGAGCGGCGGGAGAGGAGGCGCGAGGAGAAGGAGCAGGAGCUGCAGCACCUCCACUCGCUACAGGAGGAGCGCGAGCGCAAGACGGCCGAGCUGGAGCUGCUGAAGGAGGCGCAGAAGCAGGCGCAGCUACUGCUGCAGCAAGAGGAGCAGAAGAGGAGGGAGCAGCACGAGCAGCUCCAACAGGCCCUGAAGCUCCAGCUGCUGGAGGCGCAGGAGGCACGUGUGUGUAUGCAGGCCGAGAUGGCGCUGAAGGAGGAGGAGGCCGAGCGUCAGAGGAGGCGGAUCAGGGAACUGGAGGAGCUCCAGCAGCGGCUAGAGGAGGCGCUGAGGCAGGAGAUCAAAGCCAGGCAGGACGAGGAGCAGUUCCGAUACACGCAGACCCGGUUGCUGGAUGAGGAGGAGGAGAAGAUGAAGUCUCUGAUGGUGCUGCAGGAGGAGCAGGAUGAGUUUAUCCGGAGGGAGCAGAGGGAGAAACAGGAGCUGAAGCAGGAGAUGGAAAACAAAACACGAGCGCUGGAGGAGGCGCAGAAACAGCUGGACGAGGUCCGGGCCAACCGACACCGGGUGGAGCAGGACGUGGUGGCCGCUCAGAGGAAGCUCCGUCAGGCGAGCACUAACGUCAAACACUGGAACGUUCAGAUGAACAGACUGAUGCACCCGAUUGGACCUGGAGAUAAACGACCGGUGGGCGCGGCCGUCCAAUCCAGCUUCCGGAUCCCGGCGCAGAAGGACCCGGUGCUGCGGCUCAAACAGAGGAGCAUCGAGCAGGACGAUGAGAGCAAAGAGAACAGCGCCAGCACUGAGCCUCACCUCCCGCCGGCCUCCAACGGAACCAUGGACACAUACUGAGACACGGUCCGGACCGCCCCGCGGUCCCUGAGGGCCGAGUGUAUGAACGUUAUAGGCUAAUAAAAUUAAAAAACUUAUUUUUUUUAACAUAUUGAUUGUAAACCUGUACAAAAUAAAAACAUGUUCUAAAAGGUUUAUCAAAAGUAUGUAGACGGCCCGACCAUGAGAUUGGUGGACGUUCCAGUUCAAUUCUGGUUCCCAGGAGCCAUUAACCUUGCCCAACCUCCCUAGUUACCCUACCAGUCCCUCUCUCGGCCGUCAAUCUGACCAAACGGUACACGGUCCUGCUGAACAGUUUGUAUAUUAGAAAUCUUAUCGUAUUAAAAUUGUAUUGUUAACGUCAGAAUAAAUAAAUGUUAUGAUUUUAA